AACUCUAUUGAUUCGUCCCUCAUGGAUUCGAGGAACUAUAUGCUUGGGGAAGAUAAGUCAUUUUACCACAUCUUUGCUUAUGGUGAAGACCCGAGUGAGGGUGGGGGGGAAGCGUCAGGAGAGGGUUCUGGUUCUGGUUAUGGGGAAGGGUAUGGUGAAAGAGAAGAUAGUGAUGGUGAUGGCGGUAGUGAUGGAGGAUAUGGAGGUGGUGGAGGCAGUGGUGAAGGAACCGGAGAUGAUGGUUCUGGUAGUGGAAGUGGUUAUGGUUAUGGUAAUGGAACAGGAGCAGGUGUAGGAGGAUAUGGAGGUGGUGGAGGUAGUGGAGAAGGAAGAGGAGAUGGUGGUUCAGGUUAUGGUUAUGGUAAUGGAACUGGAGCUGGUACAGGAGGAUAUGGAGGUGGCGAAGGUAGUGGUGAAGGAAGAGGAGAUGGACCGGAUGGUGGUUCAGAUUAUGGUAGUGGAAGUGGUUAUGGUUACAGUAAUGGAACUGAAGCUGGUGUAGGAGGAUAUGGAGGUGGUGGAGGCAGUGGCGAAGGAAGAAGAGAUGGUGGUUCAGGUUAUGAUAGUGGAAGUGGUUAUGGCUACGACAGUGGAACUGGAUCUGAUGCAAGAGGAACUGAAGAAGGCAACUAUGCUGGUGGUAAGGGCAUGGGUGGGGGCAAUAGAUACCAUGAACAGAAGCCAAUACAUGCAUGCAGUACUAGUCAUGAUGCAUGCAUGGAUUACUAGCCAUGCAUGAGUAGACUACUCAUGCAUCCUUCUAUUUUAUUUUUUUUUCCUUUUCCUUUUUCAAUCUCAAUUAUGUAUCUCUUUUCAAUGCCUUCUCUUUUUAGUCAUCCUUAUGGAUAUUUAUUAAGA